CGUGCUCUGUACACUCCCGGAAGCGGAGCAAGAUGUAACAUGUUUGCGUGAAGUUGUCGGUGUUUGUGACCAAGUAGAGUACAUUUAAACUAUAUAUUCACAUUACCAAGUAACGCUGUAUUGUUUGAAGCACCUUGAAGAUGAGUGUAAGUGAAAGAGAAAAGGACCCUGCAGCCGUGAAGGAGGAGGGGAACACGCUUUUCAAGGCGGGAGACAUUCAGGGUGCUGUCUGCUGUUACACCAGAGCAUUGAAGCUGAGUGACACACAGGCAGAGAGUGCUGUGCUGUACCGCAACCGCUCUGCCUGCUACCUGAAGCUGGAGGAGUACAACAAGGCAGAGGCUGAUGCAUCCAAAGCUCUUGAUAAUGACCCAGGUGAUGUGAAAGCCCGGUUCCGGAGAGCUCAGGCUUUCCAGAAACUUGGUCGGCUUGACCAGGCCUUUCUGGAUGCUCAGAGGUGUGCCCAGCUGGAGCCCAAAAACAAAGCCUUCCAGGAUCUGCUCAGACAGCUGGGAGCACAGAUCCAGCAGAAGUCGGUGCAGCUAAACUCCACAGAUGCUCGUGUGCAGCAAAUGUUCUCCCUCCUCUUGGAUGGGUCUGCAAACGAAUCAGAUCGACAAAAGGCUGCUCAGAAUCUGGUGGUAUUAUCCAGAGAAGACGCUGGAGCUGAGCAAAUCUUCCGUAACGAUGGAGUGAAACUGAUUCAGAAACUUCUUCAGUCAAAGCAGGAGGAUGUUGUCCUCUCUGCCCUGAGGACCUUGGUUGGGUUGUGCACUGGGCAUCAAUCCAGAACUAUGGCUAUAGUGAAUGAGUUGGGAAUGGAGCAGCUGUGUGCAGUAAUGGGAUCAGGAGCCUCCACUGUGUCUCUGGCUGCCUGCCACCUGCUGCAGGUGAUGUUUGAGGCUCUGACGGAGGGCAUGAAAAGAGAGAUCAGAGGGAAAGAUGAAGCCAUACUUCCUGAACCCUCCAAGGAGUUACGCUCAAUGUUACGCCACCUCUUGGAAAUGAUGCCAGCAGCUAAUGUAUCAGGGCCAGGCAGAGACAAUGCCAUCAAUCUCCUGGUCAAACAAGUUCCCCGCAAGUCCUUGAAAAACCCUGAUAACUCCCUCACGUUGUGGGUGAUAGACCAAGGACUGAAGAAAAUUCUGGAAGUGGCCGGGACAGUCCCUGAGCUCUCAGGAGGAGGACCACCUCUUACAGACAACUCCCACAUGAGCUGCUCUGUCUUGCUCAGCAAACUCUACGAUGACCUUAAGAGUGACAAUGAGAGGGAAAACUUUAACAAACUGUGUGAAGAAUAUGUACAGCAAUACUUUAGCAGAUCUGGCCUAGAUGCCAAGCUGCGAGCCAUCCAGACGGUAUCGGUGCUCCUUCAAGGACCAAGCGACGUGGGUAACAGAACUCUGGAGAUGUCAGGGAUGAUUGAUGCGGUGAUCUCUCUGUGUGCCUCCGAAGAUGUAACUCACCAGCAGGUAGCGGUGGAGGCUCUCAUCCAUGCUGCAGGCAAGGCCAAGAGAGCCUCCUUCAUCACAGCCAAUGGUGUGGCUCUUCUGAAGGACCUCUACAAGAAGAGCGAGAAUGACAGGAUACGUGUGAGAGCCCUGGUGGGUUUGUGCAAGCUGGGAUCAGCAGGAGGGACAGAUUUCAGCAUGAAGCAGUUUGCAGAGGGAUCCACGCUAAAGCUUGCCAAGCAGUGCAGGAAGUGGCUGUGUAACGAGUCUCUGCCCCCAACCUCUCGCCGGUGGUCUGUGGAAGGACUCGCCUACCUCACCUUUGAUGCUGAUGUGAAGGAGGACUUAGUGGAAGACAAGAACGCUCUCUUGGCCAUGUGUGAACUAGCAAAGUCUGAGGAUAAGACGGUCCUCUUUGCUGUGGGCUCCACAUUAGUAAAUUGCACCAACAGCUAUGAAGUGGAGAAGCCAGACCCCCAGAUGGUUGAGCUGGCCAAGUAUGCAAAGCAGCACGUACCCGAGGAGCACCCCAAGGAUGCACCGUCCUAUGUGGAGAAAAGACUUGGGAAGCUGCUGGAGGCUGGUGUAGUGUCUGCCUUGGUGUGUAUGGUCAAACAGGAGAGUCCUGCCCUCACCGAGGCUUGUAGGGAGUGUAUCGCCAGGGUCUUUUUGGCUCUGGUGGAACGGCAGCAAGACAGAGGCACAGUGGUGGCACAGGGUGGAGGAAAGGCUUUGAUCCCACUGGCAUCUGACAACACAGAUGUAGGUAAAAUCAAAGCAGCACAAGCGCUGGCAAAAAUAACCAUCACAUCCAACCCAGAGAUUGCUUUCCCAGGGGAGAGGAUCUAUGAGGUGGUGCGUCCCCUCAACAGUCUUCUGAGUCUUGAAUGCACCCUGCUGCAGAACUUCGAGGCACUCAUGGCUCUCACCAACCUGGCCGGCAUCAGUGAGAGACUCAGACAAAAGAUCAUAAAGGAGAAGGCAGUACCAAAAAUUGAAGGAUACAUGUUUGAGGAGCACGAGUUGGUCCGAGCUUCUGCCACAGAGUGCAUGUGUAAUUUGGUUUUAAGCACAGAGGUGCAGAAGCUGUAUCUGGCCACGGGGAAUGAUCGCCUGAAGCUUCUUGUGCUCUACUGCGGAGAGGAAGACGAGAGGCUGCGGAAAGCUGCUGCGGGAACUCUGGCCAUGCUGACUGCUGAGCAGCCUGAGCUCUGCGCCCGCAUCCCUGGAACAACGACCCACUGGCUAGAGAUUGUACAGGCGCUGUUGCUCAGUGAAAUAUCCGACCUGCGUCAUCGUGGAGUGGUCAUAGUUCAUAACAUGAUGCAGGCGGAGAAGAGUCUGGCAGACACGCUCAUGGAGAGCGAAGUGCUGGAGAUUCUUUCUGUUUUGGCGAAGGGCGGAGAGGGCAUGCCGGCAGCUGUUGCUAAGGUAGCUCAGAACUGUCUGGACAAGGCCGUGGAGUACAACAUCAUCAAGUCUAGGGAAGGGAAGGAAAACCGCGAAGGAACUGAGCCCUAAAAACACAGGUGCACGAUAUGGAUGCGCCUCGGGGGAAUUUUUAAGUGCUUCAAGUAUUAUGUGGGACCAGUGAAGUCAUUUCACUUUUGCAGGAAAUCAGUUUUGGUAUGGAUGGGAACAAGCUGAUCCUGAAAUACUCGUGUCUUAACCAAAAACUGUGAAAAGCAAUAAAAGAAAUUAUUGAAGAAAGAUAUUAAAUGAAAACCAGCUGAUACUCACAGAGGUGUUUUGUGACAAAUUAGCUUCGAUUGCUGUUUCAUGUUGCUUUUCCACUGAUUGUAUUUAUCUUAAUUAUACUUGUAUGUUCCACUUAGAGACAAUAAGGCUACUCUAUACAUUCUUGUCAUUGCCAUUCCUAGACAUUUGCAAAUGUUUUUAUUUGUAAUUAUUAGUCUUCAACAUUGUAUUUUUUUUUUCAUUUUAUACACUACUAUUCUCAUUCCUAAAAUUUGCUCUAAACAACACAUCAACAAACAUUCACAUGUCUUCACAUAAUUGUGUGAUUUUUGUUUUUAAUUUUUAUUAGAGUCACUAUUGUUUUCAUAUUGCUAACAAGUGUUUACCUAUACUUCAGCAACACAUCUACAUCAUGCUGAUUUCUGCUGAAAAACACAUUUUGUCCAUUAAAUACUAACUCUACAUUAGAAAACAUGUCUCAGUUCUACCUGCAUACAGACAAUAUGAAAUCCAUUGUUUGUUCUAAUUCAGUUUCCCUUUACUGUAAACCACUCUAGGUUUUUUUUUUUAUUGAGCGUUGAAUCUGUGCAGUUAAAGUGAAUGAGUCAUCUUUACAGACUGUACCCUGCAGUAGAAAAAAACAUUGUGUCAGAAUGGCUGCAGUAAAGACUUUAUUGGCGUCAUGAAAUUACUGCCAGUGACCACAAACUAUUUAACAUUUGGUUUCAAAUGUAUAAAAAUUAAAUGUCACUUGUCCUGAUCUAA